AUGAGGUCGUGAACGACUAGGCGGAAAAAGACACUGCAUCUAAAACCGACUUGAAAAACUCCUUACUGAAACUGUGAGUCUGCCUUCAAGAGUUUCAAUAUGAGCCAUGAGACGCUGGAGUCUGAUGUGGACUCUGGUCAGGAUGUCUCUGAGUUCAAUUGGGAUGACUAUCUAGAGGAGAAUGGAGCGUUGUCUGUACCCCAUCACGCAUUCAAACAUGUGGAUCAGGGCCUUCAGACAGGUUUGUCUCCUGGAAUGAAGUUGGAAGUGUGUGUACGCAGUGACACAGAGGGAGCUUACUGGGUUGCCACCAUUAUCACUACCUGUGGACAACUUCUACUGCUACGCUAUGAAGGUUACCAAGACGACCGCCGUGCUGACUUCUGGUGUGACAUCAUGACAGCAGACCUCCACCCUCUGGGCUGGAGCCGGCAGCAGGGGCGACCUAUGAGACCGCCCGAGGGUGUGCGUGAGAAACACCCAGACUGGGAAGCCCUGCUGGAGAAAGCCUUGGCAGACACCUGCAGCGCACCAGCUCACCUGCUGGAGGGGGCCCAGCGUGGGUGUAACCCUGCUGACUUGCUCAGCCCAGGGAUGAGUGUAGAAGUGCUGGACAGCGGGGAUGCAAAAGUAGCCUGGUGUGGAGUGAUAGAGGAGAAUGUGGCAGGGAGGCUGCGUCUCCGUUACGCCGGCACCGAGGGCCUCCCUGACUCGCAGGCCACCCUGUGGCUCUUCUACCUGAACCCCCUACUCCACCUCCCUGGCUGGGCCCAGGAGCACGGCUGCACCUUCAGACCCCCCGCUGCUUUGCUUCCUUUGCGCACAGAGGAGGAAUGGGAGGAGGUCAGACAGACCAUUGCCAAUCAGCCACAGGACUGUAGCAUCACUGAGGAGUUUUAUAAGGACCGGCCUUCCAUCAGCCCCCACAGCUUUACAGAGGGAAUGAAGCUAGAGGCCGUGGAUCCCUCUGCCCCUUUCUGCAUUAGCCCUGCUACAGUAGUAAAGGUUUUUGAUGAAAAAUUCUUCCUGGUUCGGAUGGACGACCUCAGGGAGGAGGCGCAGACGGACCAAAGUGGACGUCCCUUCCUGUGUCACAGGGAAAGCCCCGGGCUCUUCCCCGCUCAGUGGAGCCUGAAAAACGGGGUAAAGCUCAGCCCUCCUCCAGGUUACCAGGGUCAGGACUUUGACUGGGCAGAUUAUCUGAAACAGUGUGAAGCAGAAGCAGCAGCUCAGCACUGCUUUCCUGCGGAUCCUUCUGACCAGUGCUUUAAAGAGUCCAUGAUGCUGGAGGCAGUUAACCCUCUUUCCCCUGAAAACAUUCACGUGGCAACGGUCACUAAGGUCAGAGGUCAACACAUCUGGAUUCGACUGGAAGGACUUAAGCAGCCUGUCCCAGAGUUGAUAGUUCAUAUUGACUCCAUGGAUAUUUUCCCAGUCAGCUGGUGCGAGACAAACGGUUAUCCUCUCCAGUACCCCUGCAAACCCAAAGUUGAAAAGCAGAGGAAGAUUGCGGUGGUUCAGCCUGAGAAACACAGAGCUCUGCCCAAGGACAGCUCUCCUGAUGCCCUGAAACAGCAGAUCAACAGCCAAUCAGAAAGUGCAGGACAGACCAAUGGGAAAUACUGCUGUCCCAAGAUUUAUUUCAACCACCGCUGCUUCUCUGGGCCGUAUCUGAACAAGGGUCGCAUUGCCGAGCUGCCACAGUGUGUGGGGCCGGGAAACUGUGUCCUUGUACUGAAGGAGGUGCUUACCCUGCUGAUUAACUCAGCCUACAAGCCCAGCCGUGUUCUGAGAGAGCUGCAGCUGGACCAAGAAGGUCGCUGGCAGGGCCACGGAGAAACCCUCAAAGCCAAGUACAAAGGCAAAAGUUACAGGGCUACGGUGGAGAUCGUGCGUACCGCAGAUCGCGUGGCUGAGUUCUGCAGGAAGACCUGUAUUAAACUUGAGUGCUGCCCCAACCUGUUUGGACCGCGAAUGGUGCUGGAGCACUGCUCUGAGAACUGCUCAGUGCUCACCAAGACCAAAUACACUUAUUACUAUGGAAAGAAGAAAAGUAGGCGCGUUGGUCGGCCUCCAGGGGGCCACUCGAACCUGGAAGGCGGUGUGAAGAGGCGAGGCAGGAGGAGGAAGAGGAGAAAGCAGCUCUUCGUUCACAAGAAGAGACGCUCAUCAGCCUCGCUGGACAACACGCCCGCGGGCUCUCCACAGGGAAGCGGUGAAGAGGAGGAUCUCGAUGAAGACGACUCUCUGAGCGAAGACUCCGGCUCUGAGCUGCAGGACGAACUGAUGGAUGAUUCAGAGUAUUCAGAGAAGAAGUCCCAGCCGCCCACCCCCUCCCCCUCCCCACCUGAGACGCCUCGGCCCACCCGCAGACGCCGUAAAGCGCGCUCUCCGUCCUACUCGGACGACGAGAACCAGCCACCCUCGCCAAAGAGCCCACGCAGUGAGGUGCCACAGAAAUUGUGCUUGGACAGCAGUCCUUUAGAGUGGAGCGUAACGGACGUGGUACGCUUCAUCAGGACCACCGACUGCGCACCACUGGCACGCAUCUUCUUAGAUCAGGAGAUUGAUGGCCAAGCCUUGCUCCUGCUAAAUCUUCCUACAGUACAAGAGUGUAUGGACCUGAAGCUAGGCCCAGCUAUCAAACUGUGCCACCACAUUGAAAGAGUGAAGCUGGCCUUCUAUCAGCAGUUUGCCAGCUGAGAAUGAUGUGACUAUUAUAAGCAGGAGGGGAGCAUUGCAUUGUGGGACAAGUCCCACCAAGUGACUUUCCCAUUGGAUGCUCCUCCUCUGUAUCUAGCGAUCCUGCACUUAGUGCUGCACAAAGAGAUGAUCAUUUUUUGCAUGGAGUUCACCUGGAUCCAGAGCUUCAAGGUUUUUUUGUUUUGUUUUGGUUUUUUUUUCAUUUGUGAUUUAGACUAGUCUGGAGGGAGUAGGGUAAUGCAAGAACAGGGGUCUUUUGUCUCAUUAUCUCUCCUCAAAAUGAGAGACAAACACCUCUGCAGGGAGAAUCAGGUACAUGAGUAGUUUCUCAACCAAUUGAAAAACUCUUGGCUCCUUUUUAAACAUUUACCAACUGUAGAGCGAAUGACAAUGCAAGAAUCCAAGCACAAAGACCAAUUAACCGUGUACUGUAUAUGGUAUGCAAAGUGUACAUAGAGGGUUAUGAGUGUAUAUAAUGUACAUAUCAAUUGCUCCUUUAAUUGGAACAAAGUGUUCCAUUUUUUUUCUUUAACUAAGUUUGGUUGCUCUGUAACUAAUUGGUGAAAUUGUCAAAUGAUUGAAAGAGAGAUGCUACAGAUCCCAUUUAUUAUUUAGCAUUGUCUUAUUUUUCUGUGCACAGUUGUGCUGAGACAGUGGUGGUCUUUUUCUGUUGUUUUUUUUUUUUUUUUUUUUUCUGUAUAUGUAACUGUCCUUUUGCUAUGACUAUAUUCUUUUCUGUUCUUCCCCAUUUUCAGCCAGUUGGAUCAGAAGACACGAAUAGAGUUAAUAUUGAUUUGCUUUUAAAUAUAUAUGUUUGUGAAGUUUGAUUGCUAUUUAAAAGAAAACAUGGAAUAAACCCAAGUCCCAGUA